GCCCGAGUGAUUUGUUUUGAUUUUCCAAAAAGUCAAGAAGUUUUCGUGUUUUUAAUGAGUUUGUGUGAUUCUUAUCAAUUUGAUGAAGUAUCAAUGAAUUAUCAGUGAAUUUGUAACAAUUUUGUACUGUUGCAGAAAAAUGCCGGCCACGGACGGGUGCCGUCUGAACCCGUCGACCAAGCUGUACAUCAACGUCAGCGUCCUAUCGAUCGCCCUGAACGCGACCUUUUUCGCGUAUCUCAUCUACUCGGACCGCCUGUUCGACAUUGGCCACUGCUGGUCCUCGUUCGUGCUGCUGCUGCUUCCGGUGAUCGAACUGCUCAAGCAGCAGUACGUCCGGAAGGCCUUCCAGCUGGAUGGCACGGUACGAUCCGGAACGACGUCGUCGUCAUCCUCCUCGUCCAAGUCUUCCUCCGGUAAGUACCAAGCGAAGAAGGGCGCCAACACUCCGCUCAAGGAGGUCGGAGGAUUGCUGGGCAUUCUUCUGCUGUCGAUGCUCUUCUACGGAUUUAUCUGCCUGAUUCUGGGAGCGCCGCUCGAUCAGUUUGAAGAAACGGUGUCCCUUGCCGCCACCUUGACCACCCUCACCGUCUUCCCAAUCGGCCUGUUCAUCGGCUAUGCCGACACAGUUCGCCUCUUCUUCUCGGAAGCGUUCGACCUUCGCACUCCGUUGGCGAAUUCCUAUCUUACGCUGCUAAAAAAUAACUGCAUCGGAGUAAUUCUGGGCGCUUGGGGUGCGUCGGUGGUGGCACCGCUCGAUUGGGACCGUCCCUGGCAGGUGUACCCGGUGCCGAAUGUGGUCGGCGCCAUCGGAGGGGCGUUUGGGAUGGCCGUUUUUACGCUGCUCAAUACGGCCUAUUUCGUGGUGUGUAAGUCGGGCGCGAAGAAGGGAAUCGUGUGAGGAAAGCGGUUUGGGCUGCACGAAGAAUGAUUAUGAUUUGUAUCAAGUCAAGCGCAAAGCUAGUCACGUUGACGGAUCCUGUUUGGCUAAUCAGGAGAAUAAAUUGUGUGUGUAGUAAUUGCAUAACAUUAGUUUUUCGAGUAUUACUAGUGUACAAACUGAAACAAAUGGAAAUAAAGCUAAACUAUUUGUAAA